AUGGGUGACAUAGGCAAUAGCCUGUUGAAAGAGCUUGAAAAGGAAUACUGUCCUCCUCUGGAUUCAGCUUUGUUCACAGCUAUCGUCUGCGACUAUGACCUAGAAACCCCCGCGCAAGUGCAGCAACUCCGCGACACCCUGGACACUCUGAAAUUAUCAGCAUGGGAACAGGAAGAUCUACCUUUCGAUCCAUCCGGGACCAGCGGACUGAGUCCUGGUAUUAGCGGUGAUGCAGACGGCAUCCUGUCAGAGCGCAGCGGCUCGCAAAAUGGCACUGUCCCGUCGCGCGAAACAGAUAUCACAAGUCUCGCGUCCGACUUCUCCUCCGUUGGUCUGGAUGACAGGCGCACAAGGAGUCAGGGCAACAGCAAUUCUUUGCGCUACACGAUCGGCCCUGACGGGUCGCUGUCACUCUCGGGUGCCUCCGAGGACGACAAAGUUGGUUAUCUGACAGAUAUGUUUCCCUCUGUGGAUCGAUUUACCGUGCAGCAUUCGCUUAGGAAGUCUGCCGGUGAUAUUGAUCGCGCCAUGGAUGUGCUCUUGAACAUUGCUUUCUUUGAUGAGCAGCUUGAAGAUGAAGAAGGAACUAAGCUUGCCAUUCCAAAGGGCAUCGAUGGGUUUGACGAGUGUUCUAAUGGAGACACCGGGCGAAAGAAGCAUCGCAAGCGCAAGGGAAAGAAUAAGAACAACCCGGUUCAGGGACUCUCUUCUCCAUCAGCCUCAGGAUACAUGCGGGAUGAGAAUAUCCCCCUGAACAAAUGGGACGCUGGUCAGAAAGACAUCGAGUUCAUCUGUUCUAGGACUUUACCUGUCCUGAAGAAGGAGGCCGUCACUUCUGCUUAUCAUGCUAACGGAGCCUCACUGCCGCUAACGAUUCGAUCUCUUGCGAUGGCACAUGCGCCUGAGGAAAAUCAUAUCAAUGCGCACCCGUUAAUGCUUGCACAAGUUACAGAAUUGACUCAAGAAUUUCCAUCUGUUGCGCCAACGCUACUGGGUGGGCUACUGAAAAUCACUCGCAAUUCAACGUCUGCUGCCGGUGAGCUGGCAGUUGCCAUGCUUACCCGUCCAGCGGCCAGUACUGUGUCUAACCUGAUCAAAAUCACCACUGCGCCUCCACCCUUGGACGUCGAUGAUGAUGAGCCCAAGAGACAUUCUGUGGAGUCGCGAGUCCUUCGCGAUCACGGUACUGCUCGGGUUACCGCUGGCGACCACUUUGUGGCCAGUGCAGAGGCUUUCCACAAAGCCUCAGCAGCUUACCGUCGUGGAAAAUCAGACAAGUUAAUGGGCGGAGCAGCUGCUUACUACUCCUCGGUGGGACGAGAUCAUCUCGAGCGGGCAAAGCGGGAGGCUGCGGCUGCGGCCGAUGCUCUAGUCGAUUCGCAGUCAACCUCAAAUUCAUUGGAUCUGCACGGUGUCUCGGUCCAGGAUGCCGUUCGCAUCGCCAGUUCGCGCGUCGCCGCAUGGUGGGACUCUCUUGGCGAUGCGAAGUACAUGCGUGGCGGCGAGGCAGCGCGAUCAGGCUUUCGCAUCAUCACCGGAGUCGGACGCCACAGCCAUGAUGGCACGUCUCGCCUGGGACCGGCUGUUGGUAAGAUGCUGGCCAGGGAGGGAUGGAGAGUAGAAGUGGGUGAAGGUGUUUUGACGGUGACCGGUGUUGUUCGACGUCGUUGA